AUGGUUACUGCUUUUAGUAGACAGCAAUGAUGUAAACUCUGUGUGUGUUCGAUAACUUUGUCUUUUUUUUCCCCCACUCUCCCCUCCUGUAUUUUAGCAUAUGUUCCUGAGGAGGAACUGAAAGCAGCAGAAAUAGAUGAAGACAGCGUGGAAGAUGAUGGGCUGUCUCUGGACAUCCAGGAGAAUGAGUAUUUGUGCAAUGAAGAAGCAGAGAUCAAAGAGGCUCAAAGCUACCAGAAUUCCCCAGUCAGCACUGCAACUAAUCAGGAUGCAGGCUAUGGUUCGCCGUUUAGUGAAAACAGUGAUCAGCUAGCCCAAUUCAAAAGCACUUCCUCUAAAGAAGAGAAAGAGGAUCCUCAGUGCACAGACAAUGUUUCCUAUCCACAGGACAGCUUGGCACAAAUAAAAGCUGUGUAUGCAAAUUUGCUUUCAGAGACUUGCUGGUCCAGUUUAGCUUUGGACUUAAAGAAAUCCAAUCCAACCACCAGCAACAACGGAAACAGCCAGAAUGAAAACACCACCAGUACAGACACCAAUGCCAAUCCCCAGAGUACUACUAGUACUACCAGUACCAACUCUAGCACCAGUACAACUACCAGUAACACUAGUAACAGUAACAGUAGCAGCGGUGGCUCGGGUUAUGACUGGCAUCAAGCUGCAUUGGCUAAAACUUUGCAGCAGACCUCGUCAUAUGGACUUCUCCCCGAGCCCAGCCUUUUCAGCACAGUACAGCUUUACCGGCAAAACAAUAAACUCUAUGGGUCUGUGUUCACCGGUGCUAGCAAGUUCCGAUGCAAAGACUGCAGUGCAGCCUAUGACACGCUGGUGGAGCUAACAGUGCACAUGAAUGAAACCGGACAUUACCGUGACGACAACAGAGAUAAAGAAGCUGAUAAGACGAAACGGUGGUCAAAGCCUAGGAAACGAUCCCUUAUGGAAAUGGAAGGCAAAGAGGAUGCCCAGAAAGUGCUGAAGUGCAUGUACUGUGGGCAUUCGUUUGAGUCUUUGCAAGACCUCAGUGUCCAUAUGAUAAAAACAAAGCAUUACCAGAAAGUGCCUCUGAAGGAGCCAGUACCAGCCAUCACUAAAUUGGUCCCUUCUACCAAAAAGCGAGCACUUCAGGACUUAGCUUCACCUUGUUCACCUGAGCCAACAGGGAUCACUGCAGAAGCUUCACUGGGUGAGUCUGCAAAGGAUCAGAAAACUGCCAACCCGUAUGUGACUCCAAAUAACCGUUAUGGCUAUCAAAAUGGUGCUAGCUACACUUGGCAGUUUGAGGCACGCAAAGCCCAAAUACUGAAGUGCAUGGAAUGUGGCAGUUCCCAUGACACUUUGCAGCAGCUCACUGCUCACAUGAUGGUCACCGGCCAUUUCUUGAAGGUGACCAAUUCUGCUUCCAAAAAAGGCAAACAGCUAGUAUUGGACCCUGUGGUGGAGGAGAAGAUACAAUCUAUACCUCUUCCACCCACCACCCACACGAGGCUACCAGCCUCCAACAUUAAAAAGCAGCCUGAUUCCCCAGUGGGCUCCACAAACUCAGAGGAAAAGAAAGAUCUAGAGAAGGAAAAGGUGGUGGUCAGCGAAACAGAGAAAAAGAUUAAAGAAGAGAAUGAGGACUCUACAGAGAAAUUUGAGCCAACGACUUUGUAUCAGUACCUCAGAGAGGAGGACCUAGAUGAUAGUCCUAAAGGUGGAAUAGACAUAUUGAAAUCCCUGGAGAACACAGUGACAACGGCUAUCAGCAAAGCUCAGAAUGGAGCCCCUUCCUGGGGAGGGUAUCCCAGUAUUCAUGCAGCUUACCAGCUCCCAGGAACAGUCAAACCCCUUCAGCCUGCAGUGCAGAGCAUUCAAAUGCAGCCGUCUUAUGCAAGCAGUGUAAAAUCGCUGUCAUCAGAACACAACGCACUCAUCCAUUCCCCAGGCAGUCUCACCCCCCCACCUCACAAGAGCAACGUGUCUGCUAUGGAAGAACUAGUGGAGAAAGUUACAGGUAAAAUCAACAUUAAAAAGGAAGAAAAGCCUUUGGAGAAAGAGAAGAGUUCUCCAGUCAAGCCCAUGUCACCUGCUGCUAAAGAAAAUAAGGACUUCCCAAAAGCAGAAGAAAUAAAUAACAAACAGCAGCAGAAGAAGAGUUCAGAGACAGAAGUUCAGAAGGUCAAAAAGGAUAGUCCAGCAGAAGCACAUACGCCAAAUGGUACAGAGCCACUUAAAACAAAAGUUGCAAACGGCUGUAACAAUUUAGGAAUCAUCACAGAUCAUUCACCUGAGCCAUCCUUCAUUAAUCCACUGAGCGCUUUGCAGUCCAUUAUGAACACCCACUUAGGCAAAAUUUCUAAGCCGGUAAGCCCCUCUCUGGACCCUUUGGCCAUGCUGUACAAAAUUAGCAACAGCAUGUUGGACAAACCCAUUUACCCAACCACUCCAGUCAAGCAGGCUGAUGCUAUUGACCGGUAUUACUAUGAGAACAGUGAUCAACCUAUUGAUUUAACCAAGUCCAAAAAUAAACCUCUUGUUUCCAGUGUGGCUGACUCUGCCUCGUCCCCACUAAGGGAGAGUGCCCUGUUGGAUAUUUCCGAUAUGGUGAAGAACCUCACAGGGCGUUUGACACCCAAGUCUUCAACUCCAUCUACCGUGUCAGAGAAGUCUGAUGCUGAUGGGAGCAGUUUUGAGGAAGCUCUGGAUGAACUGUCACCAGUACACAAGAGGAAGGGCAGACAGUCCAACUGGAACCCUCAGCAUCUUCUGAUCCUUCAAGCUCAGUUUGCUUCCAGCUUGAGGGAGACCCCAGAAGGCAAAUACAUUAUGUCGGACCUAGGUCCACAAGAGCGGGUACACAUCUCUAAGUUUACUGGUCUUUCCAUGACCACAAUUAGCCACUGGCUGGCCAAUGUGAAGUAUCAGUUAAGGAGGACAGGUGGAACUAAAUUUUUAAAGAACUUAGACACAGGACAUCCUGUUUUCUUUUGCAAUGAUUGUGCCUCUCAGUUCAGGACUGCUUCUACAUAUAUAAGUCACUUAGAGACGCACCUAGGGUUUAGCUUGAAGGAUCUGUCAAAGUUACCACUUAAUCAGAUUCAAGAACAGCAGAAUGUUUCAAAAGUCCUCGCAAACAAGACUUUGGGCUCACUUGGAAUUGCCGAGGAGGACUUGGGCUCCACAUUCCAGUGUAAGCUCUGUAACCGAACUUUUGCAAGCAAGCAUGCAGUCAAACUGCACCUUAGUAAAACACAUGGCAAGUCCCCAGAGGACCAUCUGAUCUAUGUAACUGAGUUAGAAAAACAAUAG